GAGGCAGCACCUUUAGCCCGGGGUGAAGCGCGCUCCUCUGCCCUGCCCGCCUUCACUUUCGUUUCCCAGCAGAGAUUCCCUGUCAGCCCUGCCCGGAGCUGGAGGCAUGGCCCAGGCCAUGGCCGGGCUGGAGGAAGAGCUGACCUGUCCCAUCUGCCUGGACAUCUACAAGGAUCCCACGAGCUGCGGCUGCAGCCACAGCUUCUGCAAGGACUGCAUCAAGCAGGCGCUGCGGGGCCAGCAGAGCCCGGCCCGCUGCCCGCUCUGCCACUCGCCCGUCGGGGAGCUGCGGCCCAACUUCCACCUCCGCAACAUCGUGCAGAGGUUCGUGAAUGCUCCCGAGCACCAGGAGGAGGAAAAGCAGGACGGGCAAGGCAAGGAGACGGCGGAAAGCUCGGAGCAGGCGGGGGAGGUGCUGCUGUGUGAUUCCUGCCUCCAGGAGCCGCAGCCCGCGGUGAAGACGUGCCUGAGCUGCGAAGCCUCGCUGUGCCAGGCGCACCUGAGCAGGCACAACAGCAGGAGCGGGCAGAGGAGCCACGUGCUGGUGGAGCCCUGCGAUGGGCAUCUUCUGGCGGAGAGGAGAUGCUCCCAGCACGGCAAACUGCUGGAGUGCUUCUGCGAGAACGACUCGGAGUGCAUCUGCGUCCUGUGCUCCCUCAUCUCGCACAAGAGCCACAAGAUCAUCAGCUUGGAGGAGGCUUUCAGCGAAGCCCAGGUAUCUUUUGAUGGAAUUCUGAAAACACUGAAAAACCAUGAAGCUGCCGUGGAUAAAGCCAUAACAAAACUGAUGAAACAAAUGGAGAGACUAAAGAUUGAUGAGAACCAGCGGAGGGAGCGGCUGGAGAGCCUGUUCAAGGAGAUCUAUAAGGAGCUAGAGAAUAAAAGAGGGGAGGUCCUGAAAAGUCUCAGUGACUAUAUGGAGGAACAGUUUUUUAAGAUUCAGACAGAGUUGAAUAAUCACAAGAGGAUGAAGGAUUUGGCCAGCCAGGAUGUUCGGGAGCUGGAGGCUCUGAGGAGUCAGAAGGACACACUUCUUUUCACCAAGGCUUUUUCAGCGAUCAAAGGCAGAAAUUCAUCUCAAACAUGGAAAUGCUCUUUAAGCAGCCAUCAUCCUGGGCAUACGAAGCAGCACAGACUGGUCUUGUGCCAUUUAGUGGUGGUACAACAUACCAUGGAUCCACAUAUGGAUCUACCUUUCAUUUUCCUUACAACUAGCCUAACGAAAUACAAAUUCAGUGGGAAUCAUAAUGAUAACACUCAUAGAAAGGAGGGAAGAGAGAAAACCCAACCAAAAUUAUCAAUGCGCAGCAUGAUUGCUCCCCCAUCACCUGCUCUCUGAUGUCCAGCCACUGUUCCCGAGCAGCAAUUGGCUCCUUGUGGCCAUCUGCCCCCAGUUCAUACACUGGGCGUGGUGUUCUGUGGUGUGGAAUGUGCCUUUGGCCACUUUGGGUCACCAGCCCCAGCCAUGCUCCUUCCCAGCUUUUUGUGACCUCCUCGCUGGCAGAGCACGAGGCACAGAAAGCUCCUUGGCUCAGCUGCUCAGCCACAGCCAAACCGUCGUUGUGUUACCAACAUUAUUCCCUACUGAACCCAAAACUGUACCAGCUGCUGAGAAGAGAAUGAAUUUUAAGGAAUGGAGUUCUCAUGAUUAGAAUGACUCCCAGUCCAAACCAGGACAGGACUCCAAUGCACACAGUGCCAUCCCAGAGCUGCUGGGAGGAGGAUGCCAGCAAUGAGAGCUGCUGGAAGCUUGGAAUUGUUUGUGCCUGGUUUGAAUGCUGCCUCUGUGUGUUCCUUAGGUCAAAGAUAAUAAUGGUAGAAGAAACACUGUCUUUUCAUGACGCGUCUGUCAAGGCUGGACAUCCUGCUAAGAACUUCAGACUUAGAGAGACUGGAACCAUCCCUUUCAAGUCUUCCAUCCAUGCUGCCAUCAGUGUGAUGAAGCUCCUGUUAGUAAUGUGGUUACAAGGUGUUGUUUCGUUUUUUCAGGCCUAGAAGUUGUGAGCCUUGCUUGGAGGCUGUGCUAAGCUGGCACAUCAGAAGCUGGAUUGUGGGCUGCUGUGAGGGGGUGUUUCACAGCCCCCUGCCUCUUCCUGCAAGAGCUCCUGUUUUAUUUGUUCUGUUAAUCACAAUGGAAAUACCAUUAAGUUGGGCAUUUUUGCUCUGCUGUUUUAAGUACUGUGUUAAGGUUCAUGUUAAUAAAGUCAUGUUAUUAGUUUGUUAAA